AUGUCUGUGGAUACCAUACCUCGCGAUCUCCGUGGCCUCAGAGCUUGCUUACUGUGCUCUUUAAUAAAAACUAUCGAUCAAUUCGAACAAGACGGGUGUGAGAACUGUGAGCGAGCAUUACAUUUGAAAGGAGAUUCCGAUAAGAUAUAUGAAUGCACAAGCUCCAACUUCGAUGGAAUGAUCGCUGCUAUGCAGCCUGAAGAUUCUUGGGUUAGCAAAUGGCAGAAGAUUAAUAGAAAAACUAGAGGGAUGUAUGCUGUCUCAGUGUCUGGAUCUCUUCCUUCUGCUCUCAUUUCUGAUCUGAAAAGUAUGGGAAUCCGAUACACUCCCUACAUGCGUGAAACUGCUACGAAGUAA